CACGGGAAAUUUACUCACUUUACAAUAUAGUAAACACUUCAUGACUAUGUAACAGCAGUCAGACAAUGGCUGUGCAUCGUCGGAUUGACAAGAGCCAGUUCAUAUCCAAAUUGAGUGCGGCUCCACCUGAUGCAAAACACGUCGUGCACUGGUUCAGGAAAGGACUUCGCCUGCAUGAUAAUCCAUCAUUGAGAUGUGGUCUCAAUGGGGCUUGUACAUUUAGAUGUAUUUUUGUAAUCGACCCUUGGUCGGCAGGGAGUAAAAGUAUUGGAAUCAAUAAGUGGAGGUUUCUACUCCAGUGCUUAGAAGAUUUGGAUACUUCAUUAAGAAAAUUAAACUCUCGCCUCUUCGUAAUAAGAGGUCAGCCGACUGAUGCAUUACCAAAACUCUUCCGUGAAUGGGGAACUACUCAUUUGACUUUUGAAGAGGAUCCAGAACCUUUUGGUCGGGCUCGUGAUUACAACAUUACAACUUUAUGUAAAGAAUUGAGGAUCUCUGUCGCGUCAAUUGCUUCACAUACACUCUACAAGUUGGAUAAGUGUUCCUCAUGGCCCGGAUACCCGGGACCUUUGUCAUCCAGCGUUGGAGGCAUUGGAUCCUCAGUUGAAGACACCUGGUGUUACCAUUAGAAAUGGCUGUGCACGGUAGAGGGACGCCAUCACCCCAUCCUCUCUCAUGUGGGACUGGACGGAUUGGUCUAGGUAUUCUCUGGCCUCAAGAGAUUUUUCUCAAGGCCUCCUCUUCUUUCUCGAAUCCGUUGACCAGGAGUUGUACCCGACGAAGACGACAAAAGGAAAAUCAUUAUGAUCGAGAAGGAUUUUUAUAAUUUUCUUUCCCGAUUCCUCGGAUAGAGAGUAGCCCUGGUGUCUCAAGAAUUUCAUUUUACACAAAUAUUCAAAUGUAAUAAAAAAAAAUCAAUAAUAAUAUUUUACAGCCUUGGCGACCCACGUCGUCACAACGUAAUGAAAAUUUUCCCACGUCUUAUUACUUAUUAAUCAAGUAACGGGAAUGUUUC